UCAAAGUGCUACUACUGUCAAAUCAAUGUCUAAAAUAUUGUAAAAUAAAGAAAUAAAUAUGUAUAUUAAAUAAUAUAAAUGCAAUAAGUGCAUUUUUUAACUUAAAACGCACAGAUAAAAUAAUAUUUAUAACGUAUAUGUUACUAAAUGAAAUUUGCGGCUUUUUAGUGCCCUAACCUCAAAAUUUGUGCAGAUUCUAAAUGAACCAAAUAUUCUGUGAUAAAAUCAUAUUCUUUAUGUAUUAAUUACUAAAAAUGACCAGGCAACGCAAAAACAAGCCCCCAGUUGUGGAAAAAGCAGAGGUAUCUCGAAAUGGAAAUAAUUCUAAUACACCAAAAAAUGCUACAAAGAAAGCUGCAAGCAAUAAUAAAGUUACAGACAUGUCGAAAUGGAAAACUUUAGUCGGAUGCAUUUGCUUACUUGUAGCCUUAGGAUUUGGUUACAUGGGUUAUUUGGAGACUAGGGUUAAUACUCCUUUUGAUGACCAAAAGAUGGUGCCUCCUCCAGACCGUCAAGACAUGCAGCGUUUUUGGGGCAGCUACAGACCAGGUGCCUACUUCGGUUUAAAAACAAGAGAUCCGUUAUCUUUAGUAACCGGACUUAUGUGGUAUUUUCCACAACGGUUACGUCCUGGAGGCGAUGGUGUCAGACAUUGGUGUGAGCAGAGUGAUGAAUUAGCCAGGUACGGCUGGUUGCAGCACGAUGGCAGGAAUUUUGGGUAUCAGGAAAUCAUUGAUGGGCAGUUUGAAUUUAAGACUUCUUUUGUGAAGAUGCCUGAUUUGGGGACACGAGGAGGGGUUUGGACAGCUAGGGUAUCUGUUGAUAGCAAGAGACCUACACAAGAAGAAGUGUCUUUAAUUUGGUAUACAGCUCUUGAUGAACGAGACACAAAAGGUUCAAGUGAAAUUAAAACAUACUCAGCAAGAAAAUCUCUUAUAACAGGAAUGCAGGGUUAUACAAAAGGACUCGGAGAGUUUACAAUAUCUCUAUAUAACCAUACAGGUACUAUAAUACACGAAUCCUACCUGAGCACCAUUACUCCUGGUUUGCAUGUUCUGCGAGAUACUCUGAUGACCGGUUUACGUCUGGUUACUGACAGAAAUAAUAAACAAAAAAAAUUCAUUGCUCUGGCUGGUGAAUUGCUGGAAGAACCUGAAGGAAUGGUGGAUCCAAAUUUUAUAGCAACUCAAAUAACAGUUCGGACACCAUUUGAGUUUGAUGUUAUGUUUGAGACUGAUGAAGUAGAAAAUAAUUUAAAAGGUGCAGAAUAUACAAAAGCACUUGAGGAGCAUAAAAAGAAAUUUGAGGACAAGUUUGAAGGUUUAUUUGGACUUAAAAAAAAAGGCUUCUCAGAGAAACAAAUAUCAUUUGCACAAGCUAGCUUAGCAAACAUGAUAGGUUCUGUUGGAUAUUUUUAUGGAUCGUCCAAAGUUAAAAGCGAAUAUACUAAAGAACCUGUGCCUUAUUGGAAAGCUCCUUUGUAUACUGGAGUACCUUCUAGGAGUUUCUUCCCUCGUGGCUUUCUAUGGGACGAGGGUUUUCACAAUCUUUUAAUAUCGACCUGGGAUUUGGAUAUAUCUCUUGAUAUCAUGGAGCAUUGGUUUGAUUUAAUGAAUGUUGAAGGAUGGAUACCUCGAGAGCAGAUUCUAGGAUCUGAAGCCCUAAGCAAAGUCCCUGAUGAAUUUGUAACACAACGUAACACAAAUGCAAAUCCACCAACAUUCUUUUUAACUUUAAAAUCUAUUUUGGAAAAUUAUUCAGAAAAAUUAAUGGAGGAUUCAAGAUUGCAACGAUUGGAGAGAUUGUAUCCACGAUUACAGGCUUGGUUCAAUUGGUUUAACACAACGCAAAAAGGUGAAAUGAGUGGCUCUUAUCGCUGGAGAGGUCGAGACUCAAACACAAGGAAAGAACUUAACCCGAAGACUCUCACUUCAGGUCUUGAUGACUACCCAAGGGCUUCUCACCCCGAUGACACCGAAAGGCACUUAGAUCUCCGUUGCUGGCUUGCCUUAGCCUCAUCAGUCCUCUGCGACUUAACACAACUGCUUGGUUUAAAUGCUGAAAAGUAUCAGCAAACAUACGAAAUGCUUUCAGAUCAAAACGAUAUGGACAAACUGCACUGGUCACAAAGCAGCGAAAGAUAUUCUGAUUACGGUUUGCAUUCUGAUAAUGUGGAAUUGAGGAGGGAUAAAGUCACUACAAAUAGUCAAGGGCAGAUCGUGCAAAGCGAAAAGGUGCGUGUGACUCUGAAGCAGCCUACUCAUCGUUUUGUGGACUCAGCAUUUGGCUACAACAGUUUGUUUCCAUUGAUUUUACAAAUUUUGCCAUCGAAUUCUCCAAGGUUGAAAAAAGUUAUAGAGGAUGUGUAUAAUCCACAAUUGUUGUGGUCGCCUCAUGGUGUUAGAAGCUUGUCGAAAAGUUCUCCUUUGUAUAAGGCUAGGAAUACUGAACACGAUCCACCUUAUUGGAGAGGCCAGAUUUGGCUGAAUAUUAAUUAUUUGCUUGUGAAAAGUUUGUAUCAUUAUGGAUAUGCUGAUAGCAAUACAGGAGGUGAAACAAAACAAUUAGCUCAGAAAGUAUACAAAGAGCUUCGAGAAAAUUUAAUUCAAACCGUCUACAAAGAAUAUGAGAGAACUGGUUACAUUUGGGAGCAAUACGAUGAUAAUACUGGACAAGGUAAAGGCUGUAAGCCUUUUAAUGGCUGGACAGCCUUGAUUACACUCAUUAUGGCCGAGAAAUAUUAGAUUUUUGUGAUUUCUUUAUUAAAGAGUAAGUAUGCAAUAUGUUUGAAUGAUAUAUUUAGAAAUAGUUGCAGAAUGUGUA